AUGGAGAGUAUACAGAGUCUCGUAGAAGCACAAGAAGAACUCAUGGAGAAGAAGAACACAAGAACAAGAGGUGGCGCUGGCGGUGGCAAUGCCAAAAGGCGUGGCGUUGGCGGAGUUUCGAGGCUCCCUCUAGACAUGGUGAUCGAAGUGCUCACAUGUCUUCCGGCGAAGUCUCUAUUGCGAUUAAAGUGUGUGUCAAAGCUCUGGUGCACAACAAUCGGCGNGUCUCGUAGAAGCACAAGAAGAACUCAUGGAGAAGAAGAACACAAGAACAAGAGGUGGCGCUGGCGGUGGCAAUGCCAAAAGACGUGGCGUUGGCGGAGCCCUUCUUUUUCCAACGCCUACCGCGAUCGUUCCAGUUCUCGCUCCACCAUCCUCCUCACAUACCACGACAGCCACCACUUAUUCUGCUUCUAUGCCACCCUUCCCUGCCUCGGGGAAUCAUUCCACCACCGCUGGAUUCCAUCCCGCGACAAAUUCGACGCCCGUGCAUUAGUACUCCACCACUGGACUUUACCCCUCUCGAAACCGGACGGCGGUGUCACACAAGUCAUUAACGGCCUCUUCUGCUUCUACUCCGGCCACUGUGCUUCUCUCUGCAACAUCUCCACCCAUGAAAUUAUGCAACUUCCAUCAUCAAACCAUAAAAGCAAAGACCCAUACCCGGAUUACUAUUUCGGGUUCGACGCCAUUGCUGAAGAGUACAAAUUGCUUAAAUCUUAUGGCGAUGGACAUAAAACAAAAAUAAAUUACACUCCAAAGUGCGAGAUUAUCACCCUAGGCAAAGACGCCUCUUGGAGAAGAAUUGACAAGUGGAAAAUUAUAUGGACGCAAAGCUUUUGCGUUAAUGGGGUUUUGUAUUGGAUGAAUCCAAAUCGCCGGCCUUGGGACUUGGAUGACAUGCACAAUUUCAUUGCAUUCGAUCUCAAAGAAGAACAGUUUCAAGAGCUUCCACAGCCACCGGCAACGUCGAAACAAGGUGAUUUGGUGCAAUUCGGAGGCAAAUUGGCUUUGGUGCACGGGUUUGAUGAUUUGAAGUUGAAGUUGUGGGUAUUAGAGGAGCAGGGUGAAGGAGAGUUAAGGUCAAUGUCAUGGACCAACUAUGAAAGCUACGUUCCAGACGGAGUAUGCAACCAUGUAAAAUGGUGGAAUAACUCGAAUUCUUAUCAACCAAAUUAUCCUAUGUUACUACAGCUCGCCCCACCAUUACAUGCACAGAACGGACCUGACGGAGGUGAACAUGUUUUUCCAGUAGGCAAUCUUCCAACCGGUGAGAUAUUAUUGAAUGGUGGAAGGAUUCGAUCUCUCAUGUCCGUUUAUUCGUAUGAUCACAAUGGGAAGUUUAAAGAAAUUGAUAUUGGUCAAUUGCCAGAAACUCCAGAUUUAGUCGAAAGGAAAGGAGACGUGUUCCGACUAUAUUACCAUGAGGAGAAUGUCACACCAUUGAAAGAUUUGAUUAGCAGCAAACAAUUUGACAAGAAGUAA